CGGAGUUUAUUUACCUUGAUUUCCUUGCCUCGGGGCACACAGGUCUCCCAACCUUCUACAUCCGCCCCUGAAACUAAACCUGAUUCCUCUCGGUCCAGGUCAUCGCCGAGUCGGCGAUGUCCUUAAAUGGUUGCCACAGACGAAAACGACCUUGUAACCGGGUCUGGGAUGGACGGGUCACCGCUGGUUCUGAGCCAGGCUAUUGUGCUACCGUGAGCAGAGGGAAGUAUAUAUUCGCGCUGGAUCUUGUGCUGAUGAAAAAAAUGGACAACCCACUAGUUUCAGUAUACUAAAUCAUGUUGGACUCUAUCUCUUACGGUCACAAUAGGAUGGCCCAUUUCAAGUGGCUUCUUGUCGGUGCCUUUGCUACGCUGGCCGUAGCGAACCCCCUGCCUGCUCCGGAGGCCAACCAGCUUGAGACUCGUCAAACUGGGAUAAAUGCGAAUGAUAUCAUGGGCGGAACUUGCAAGGAUUUCACCUUGAUCUUUGUGCGUGGAUCAUGGGAAGUGGGCAAUAUGGGUCUAGUCAUCGGACCGCCCCUUUGCUCCACCCUGAAAGAGCAGAUCAGUCCCAAUCGAGUUGCCUGCCAAGGUGUCGACGGCAUGUACAGCGCUGACUUCCCUCAAAACUUCCUUUCCCCGAACACGGAUGCGAAAUCUAUCGCGUCCGCGGCCACCAUGCUCGAGUUGGCGACUACCAAGUGUCCGAAGACCCAGGUUGUAGCGGGUGGGUAUAGCCAAGGAAGUGCCGUCAUCGACUACGCCAUCCAGGAAGUCAAGCACGAGGUCCGCAACAAGAUCAAGGGAGUGGUGCUGUUCGGGUACACGCGCAACAUCCAGGACCGCGGUGGGAUCCCGGGCUACCCGCAGGACCGAACCAAGGUGUAUUGCGCCCCGGGCGAUGUGGUGUGUGACGAUAUUUUGGUUGUUACGCCGCCUCAUGAAACGUACGGGUUGUAUGCGAAAGAUGCGGCAGAGUUUCUAGCCUCGAAAGUGAAUCAAUCCAACUAG